AUGCCGACGACGCAGGGUUCCAACGGGCUCUCGCCGUUUUCGGGGUCGACGCCGGAAUCGUCGCCUGGGCAUUCUCCGAAGCGACAGUGUUUUCAGGACCAUUCGUCCUUUCACACGAUAGAGACCACGACGAUAGGAGGUCUAGCCGCUCGCGCCUGCGAGAAGUGCCGCGCCUCGAAACGCAAAUGUGAUAAGAAGCUGCCCUUCUGCGAUCGGUGUAAACGACUCAAUGCAAAAUGCCACUAUGUCCAAGACGCCAUGAACAACACGGGCGCGCAAGGGGCCCAAUUCGUCAUAUACCAGCCGCGCUCGCUGUCGCACGAUGCACUGUUUGGCUCCGCCGAGCCGCUGGAGGGCAUCAAUGCCCUGCAGAUCCUGUCGCUGGUGUCCACGUCCAUCGGCCCCGGCUACCCGCUCGCCGACUGGCGCACCGCCAUCCACACGUACUUCCUCUGCGUGCACCCGUGGUACGCCGCCGUGCACCCGACGCUCUUCGAACGCCAGAUCACCAGCUUGGUCGCCGCCGUCGACUCCCCUCCCCCCUCCCAAUCGCACGCCUCGCCCGGCACGCUGUCCAACGCCUCCCACGACCAAUACCUCUCCGCCAACCACACGUACUCGAUGACGACGGCCUCUUCCGAGUGCCCCUCUAAAGAAGUGGCGCUCCUGGUCGUCGCCAUGUACCUGACGACGCGCAUGCGCCUGACGGACGCGGGCGAGCUGCCCAUCUUCGACGAGACGUACCGGACGGUCAAGCGGCUGCUGUCCUCGCUGCUGCUGGCGUGCGUCGGCGACCCGCGCCCGAGCAUCGAGCUCGUGCAGUGCGGCGCGCUGGUCGCGCUGUACGAGUACGGCCACGGCAACGCGCUGACGGCGUACCGCACCCUGAGCCAGACCGUCGUCACGGCGCGGAUCCUGGAUAUCAAGCCCGGCCAGCUGGCCGAUACCGGAGAUGAUAUGCUGAUGCUGAGUGUGGAGGAGGAGCAGAGCAGUUGCUUGUGGUGGUCGAUGUUUAUAUUAGAGCAAUUCAUCCACCAAGACGACGAGGCCAAAGGCCUGCCGUUCCUCCUCGAGACCCCGACGCGAAACACGCUGCUCCCCGAGACGCCCCCCCUGACGCCGAGCUCGACGACAAGCGGGCGCUUCGAGUCCCCCAUGUCGCCGACCCCCUCCUUAACGCGGCAGCCGCACCACCUCCUCCGCGCGGGCGUGAUCGUCGGGAAAGAGCCGCUCGGCCGCUUCCAGCUGUCGGCCAAGUCGUCGUCGCUGUUCCACCGCGCCAUCCGCAUCGACAAGGAGCGCGACACCCGGCCCGGCAAGAUGCCGCUCGUGGCCACGUACUCGGACCUCGACCACGAGAUCCGGGAGGCGACGCUGACGCUGCUGAGGGAGACGCUCGACUGGGAGUCUACGCUGGACUGCUUCGCCAUGCUGGUCAGCGCGCUCUUCACGCUGUACGUGCCGUACCUGUCGAUCCUGGAGCACAGCGCGGGACCCGCAUCCGCGCUCCUGGAAUCGAGCGAGGAGGUGUCGACGGCGCUGGCGGCGCUGCGGUUCGCGUGCAAGCUGUCGACGGACAUCUCGUGCAAGGUGAACGCGGACUUCGAGCGGGCGCCGCGGUCGCCGGCGCUGCUGUGCGCCCCCGCGGGCGCCACCUGCUACCACGUCAUCUCCACCUUCGCCGCGCUGUGCCGCAUCUUCCCCGAUGAGCACGACGUCUGCCACGCCAACAUCGCCGAGAAGUUCGAGAGCCUCGCCCUCUUCAGCUUCCGCUGGGGCAUCGCUGAAAACAUGAUGGCCAGACUAGAAAAGAAAUACGGCCUCGACCGGCAGCACUACCUAAAGAACUCGCUGAUAACGCCCCCGCCCCACGCCAUAUGCUUCGAUUUCGCGCGCCGAUAA